AUGGCUGAAAAUAAUAAAGCUAGGUUGCAAGCUCAAGGCCUAAAAGAUCUAAUAAGAGAACAACCCAUCACAAUAGUAGAAGAUGCAUUUGAAGAGCAAACUGGGGCUCCGAAGAAGAAAAAGAAGGUCCCACCAAACUCAUUGUUUCAAGAAUGUGAGUGUAUUGGAAAUAAUUCAAAGGCUGCUGAAAAGAACCCCCAAAGUGAGAAUGAGGCAAUGUUUCAAGCUGAAAAGAACUCAAAAACUGGGAAUAAAAAAACUGUUGAAGAUGAUACAAUGGAUCAAGAUUAUGCAAGUUCUAAUGAGGAGGGAGAAGAUACAAGUGGGCUGAGCAUAGAAUCAAACAAAAAGGGAAUGAGUAUUGACAUGUAUUUUAAGGUGCAUGGGAUUAAUUUCGAAGACGAGGAAGAUGAGGAAGAUGCUGCAAAUAUUGAGGGUGGUGGAGGACAAGCUAGUAAUGAAGGCACUAAAAAGAAAACUCGUGGCAAGACCUUAUGCAAAAAAAUUCAUGCCACUGAUUUUAAUGAUCGACGGGAGGUGGAGUUUUUACAAGGGCAGCCUAUUGGUCCAACCAAGGAGGUCGUAGCUAACCUAGGCCAAUUUUUGGGUUCAACAGUUAGAAAUCCCCGUUUUGUGACUUUGCUAUAUACUAGUUGGCAUGGUGUGCCUGAUAAUAUCAAGGAGGGCAUGUGGGAGUACGCCAACCAAAAAUUUAUUCUUCCAAUAAGUUCAAAGCCGUGGGUCAUGCGGGGAUUUUGUCGUGCAUGGAAAAAAUACAAGGGUGAAAUUAAAAAAGAACAUUUCUUAAAGUACAACACAAAGAAAGAAAUGAUAAAGAACCGACCAUUAGAGAUUCCUGAAUUUCAGUUUCGCAAGCUGAUUCGGUGUUGGAGUCUUCCGGCUAUCAAGGCUAUGUCUGUUAAGAAUACUGAAAAUAAGUCAAAGCAAACAUGUCCUCACCGAAUGGGUUCCACAAAUUUUAUAAUAGUGCGCAAGCAGUUGAAUGAACAUCAAAGCCGCAUAGAGGUAGGGAAAAAUCAUGAGGAUGCAUUUGUAGCAGUGCUAGGAAAGGACCAGCCAGGUCGAGUUCGUUGUUAUGGGACUUCAAUUACAAGAAGAUCUCUUAGAAAGGAUGAGGAGAUUCGCCAAGUGAAGGUUGAAUACAAUGAUAAGGUGCAUUCAUUAGAAAAGAAGAUGGACGGUGUUUGUGGUCUAUUAAAGGUGAUGUUGCACCAACUCAAUCCUGGAAUGAGUGACGAAGAGGUAGCAGCCUUAGUGCAAGCAGCCCAAAAUUCUCCUUUGGAUGCCUCAAGUAGUAGACCAAGAAAUACUCCCCACUCCUACGAAGCAACUCACAUUCCACCAACCGAUGAUGUUGCUGGCUAA